GCUACAACACACUGUCAACCAUCGACUUCCCUCUCGAUACGGCGAUGAACACCUUACAGCUAUGUCGAAUCCCUUUGCGUUUGGCCGUGAGGCAGACGCGACUGCUGCAAUCCAGCUCUGCUAAUCGCACUCGUCGCAGGGGGUAGGACAAUCAGAGCUAUCGCAUACAGCGGCCUUCCUCAUCGGGAAUAACACAAUCAUCCUUAUAUUGACCUACGCUCGACGUGCAGUGGUCGACAGGAGAUUUGGGGUAUCUCGGUCGCAGUUGCUGUUGUCGUCCUGCACUCCGGCAUUGAUCUUGUCAGUCCUUCAAUUGCUUGACUGCCUCUUUUCCACUCUUGUUGGAUUAGUCGAUGAUGCUCUCGUUGCUUGCUACCGCAGCUUUCCUGGCUCAAGCAGCCUUGUUGUCGCAAGCAGUCAGCGCACAUGGCCCACGCCCAAGGAAGCUUGCAGAUGUUUCCCGCGCUGCACCGAGUUCGGCCGGGCCCCUGGAAGUCAUUCAGCUCUACAAGCCCGUGACUAUACCAGAGUCGACGGGCUGCAAUGUCGAGCAGACGCUGAUGGAACACACUUUUGCCAGUUCCUACGGCGUCCCAUAUGUGGGAAAAUAUACCCCGCCCAGCUGCGACUUCAACAGCGUCGUGAUUGAGUGGACAGUGACGGUCGCUGGCCGCCAGUUCGACCGGCUUGCGGAAAUGUAUCUCGGCGAUAUCGAAGUGUGGCGCACCUCGACAGCCGAGCCGACGGCAUCGGGCAUCGUCUUUAGAUACCAGAAAGAUCUUAGCAUGUAUCUUAGUCUCUGGAAGACUCCACAGGAUGUCAUAUUCAGCUUGAAUAAUGUGUACGACUCGACAUACACCGGCGCUUUCAACACAACCUUGGUUGCUACGUUCUCCCAAGUCUCAACUGCGUCCGCGCACGCUGACCUUAUCCUGCCAAUCUCGCCGCAGCUGGGAUCAAGUGGCGCACCGAGUAUCUUCACGCUCCCGGGGGACGACGCAACCAGCAAGCACAUUAUUCCACUGAACGUCACUCAUGCCUCGGUCUCUAUCGCCGCCACGGGCCAAAGCAGCGAGGAGUUCUGGUACACCAACGCUCUCCAGUCUGACAUUCACACUUUUGAAUCAACCGUGGGGACAUUGAUCGGAUACGGGCCGUUCCGUGAAGUACAGCUCUUCAUCGACGGGCUUCUGGCUGGCGUCGCUUGGCCAUUUCCAAUCAUCUUUACCGGUGGUGUGGCGCCCGGAUUUUGGAAACCCAUCGUCGGUAUCGACGCCUACGACCUGCGCGACUACGAGGUGGACAUCACUCCGUUCCUUCCGUACCUUCUUGACGGCAAGCCGCACUCCUUCACCAUCAAGGUAGCCGGUGUCGCCGAUAAUGGGGGCAAUGGCGCAGCUACCAUUUCCGAGGACAGCAUCAACAGCUACUGGCUGGUGUCGGGCAAGUUGUUCCUGUUCUCCGGUGCAGAGUCGUACAAUGGCACGCACGUCGCUCCUCGCAUCUCGGCCGCGCCCACGAUCCAGACCAGUACCUCGCUCACCUCCAGCAACGGCACAAACCAGACACUUUCUUACAGUGUGACAGCAAAACGCGUUCACACCGUUACAUCUUCAUUCGGCACCUGGACGCAAAAUCUGGCCUACAGCAACACCGGCUACCUAGGCAGCAACGGACUAUUCCAAUAUAACUCGCAGAAGACCUCUGGAACCUCCGCCGCAGUCCUGAAAAGCGCGCCAGCCUUCAGUAACACGCUCAGUUAUACCUACCCAAUCGUGGUGAACACGACUUACACCUUUUCUGGAUCCAAUUUAACCAUCGACGCGUCAUUGGACCGCGCACUGGAAAUUUCGUCUUCGGGCAGACCAGACUUAUCGACGUAUACUCUAGUGAGUGGCCCGAUGCAGUUAGACACGCGGCAGAUUGGCAAGGCGUUGUAUUCGAACAAGCCGAACAACAGCUACUCGUUUGGGGACAUGGAUCAGACGUUCAGCGAGCGUAGCUAUAGCACGCGGUACUCGAGACAUGUCAAGAGCCAAAAUUUGACUGUCGUGUACGACGAGCCGAACUGAGGAAUGACCCUGUAGGGCGACAGAUAGCUACUGGUCGCUCUUGAGCAGGGAUGCGUUCAGCCGAUUGUUGAGAUGGGAAUAGCAAUGCAGGUCCUACAAUCGCCGGGGUCUGGUGUAAGUGGUC